UCGCGUCAGUCGUUUUCCGGGCCCAGUCGACGCGUCGGGCGUUGCGAGUCUCGUUCAGGAACGCGUUCGCGUCGCGGAACAGGAGAAAGGAGGAUAAAAAGAGAGAGAUAGAGGAGGAGGAACGCGUCGCUCCGGCGAGCGCUCCGUUCCGAUUUUUCUUCCUCCUCGUCCGAAUACUCCGAAUCUCAGUGCGCAUUUUCGUGUCUCCUUCCUUUUCGCGCCCCCGCAUUCGUCCAUCGGGGGAAAAACCCGCGAAGCGAGUUUUUUGAGGGUAGGUCGAUCGAUCGAUCGAUUGAUCGAUCGCUCGCUCGCUCUCGAGGAGAAAAAGUGCGAUCCCGCCUGUCUCUCCCGUGGGAGAAGAGACUCCGACCGGCGGCGCGGCGCGGCGAUUCCCUAACCGAUUCGGCGCGUUGCUCCUGUGCGCAGCUUUAGGGCCCGAGGCGGCCACGCAGGCAGGCCCGAAACGAAAAUCCGAGGGCGGUGGUUAGUUGCUGCACCGACGGCGAACGGCCACGACAUCGGGGGUUGGCGACGGCAACGGCGUUUCACCGUGGGACUCUCGACGUUGCACCACGAGCGGAAGAUUAAACGAAAAUGGCGGUGUUUGGUUUGGUCUCGGCGGUCGCCGGCUUCGUCAAGGUGCGAUAUCUGAUCGACAAGGCCAUUAUCGACAACAUGAUCUUCAGAAUGCAUUACAGGAUCACAUCGGCCAUUCUCUUCCUCUGCUGCAUCAUCGUCACUGCCAAUAACUUGAUAGGCGAUCCCAUCAACUGCCUGUCGGAAUUGCCCUCCGGCCAUGUGAUCAACACGUAUUGCUGGAUCACGUACACGUUCACGCUGCCCGCGAACAGCGCGAAGCCCGUGGGUAGCCACGUGGCCCAUCCGGGUCUGGGUGGCGAUUACGAGGAGAAGAGGUACCACUCGUACUACCAGUGGGUGCCGUUCAUGCUGUUCUUCCAGGGCGUGCUCUUCUACAUGCCGCACUGGAUGUGGAAGCAGUGGGAGGAGGGUAAGAUCAGGAUGAUAUCCGAGGGCAUGAGGGGCGCCAUGGUCGAGACUAAGCAGGAGCGGCAGUCGAAGACCGAAAGACUGGUCCAGUACCUCAUGGAGACCAUGCACCUGCAUAAUAGCUACGCUGCCGGAUAUUUCUUCUGCGAGAUCCUCAAUUUUGUCAAUACCGUCGGCAACAUAUUCUUCGUGGACACCUUCCUGGGCGGCGCUUUUCUUACCUACGGCACGGAUGUGCUGAGAUUCAGCAACAUGAAUCAAGAGCAACGUACCGACCCGAUGAUCGAGGUGUUCCCGCGCGUGACCAAAUGCACCUUCCACAAAUUUGGUGCCUCUGGUACAAUUCAGAAGUUGGACGCGCUCUGUAUUCUCGCGCUCAAUAUUCUCAACGAGAAAAUCUACAUUUUCCUGUGGUUCUGGUUCAUCAUAUUGGCGGUCUUUUCCGGCCUGGCGGUGCUGUACAGCAUGGCCAUAGUGUUGAUGCCCAGCACGCGCGAAACGAUCCUCAAGAAGCGCUUCAAGUUUGGCACACCAACUUCGGUUAACUUGCUCAUCCGAAAGACUCAGGUCGGCGACUUCCUGAUGCUUCACCUGCUGGGCCAGAACAUGAAUCUCAUGAUGUUCAACGAGAUGCUGGACGAAUUGUGCCGCCGCAUGCAAUUCGGUAGCGGUAGCGACGCGUCGCCGACGUCGGUGCCGUCGGCGCCCAGUACCCUCGAGAUGUCACCGAUAUAUCCGGAGAUCGAGAAAUAUGCCAAGGACACCGAGAUCUAAAUGCGAGAAGAGGCCUCGGCGACUCGGCCGUCAUCGCUUUCCUCCACUGCCCUUCUCCCCCUUUUACUUCUUCGUAUUGUGAUAAUAUCGAGGGCGGUUCUCAAUGCCGUCGUCUCGGUGCCAAUAAAGAGACAGGUUCGUGCCGCGCCGUCGAUUACCUUACCGCGAGCGCUUGUAAAACCGUACCGGACGUACGCUCCUCGACGUCUCCCUGCUGCCCAUCGGGGCUCAUGUUCAAUGCGGUCUUAUUAUCGUGACACUCGUAAAGCGUAAGCCCGAGCCGGCAUUAAAAAGCGUUGAUCCUUGUCUCCCGUCAACGAGGAGUUUCGCUCAUUACUGCGCGCUCGUUAAAACGCGAGACCAGUCCUUGACAUUUAUGUCCAACGAGACUUUCAAUCGGAGAUUUCUGAAUGGGGAGACCACUACGUGCCUUUGUGAAAUGCACGCUAAUCUUUAUUUUCUCUGUCUAAUCGUAUUUUUCAUUCAACAAGAUCAUUAUGCGAAUCAUCUCCGAUUGGUGCUUCAUUCAAAAGUUUCAUUAUAUUCGUUCGUGUAUAAAAUAAUACAUCAAUAAAUUAGUGCUAGCGCGCGAAUCACCUCGUCAGCUUCUUCGUUGAAACUUUUGUCAUUACGAGAUGUUCAUUUAACAUUGUUUGUUACAAUGCAAUUUUAAUAUCUGAGUUUGGAUUGGAGAAACAGCAUGAAAGCUAACCUUCGUCACCUCCUUCAGCCGUUACGAGAUUUUCAUGUGCCGUAAAAACAAAGUCGGGGGCGUGUAAGAUCGCACAAGCCAACGAGGCUUCUUGCCGAUUAUUUCUACGAGAGAUUUCCAUUAUGUUACUUAGUUUUUCUUUUCCUAGAGAUAUUUCCGCUUGAGCGGUGCAGUGCGGAUCGUAGCGAGAAUUACAUAACGAGCAUUGUGUUUCGACAUGUCGAAGACAAGUUGAUUGUCUUACACUGACUGCAGCGGCACGAACCGAACGUUAGAUUAUCAAAUAUAUAAACGUAGACGAUAACGCGCGAUGCUCUCGCAUCAUAAGACGUACGCACGUGUAACUGUUUACAAUCGUUAAGUCGCAACAAGUUUCCAAAUGUGAUAGAGUCAUACAUUCCCACUCGCCGUAAGAUCGAAUCAUUUUGAUUAUUAAUCGUCUGUUUCAUGUCAACAUGUCAAUGCCGAUUUAUUUUGCGGUAACUUGAGGAGAGUAACAGCCACACGUGAGACGCACGAAUUGAUAACGGUGCUCCUUGACUCCCGUUCAAGUCAUAAAUGCAACAUUCCUUUCACUACUGAGCAGAAAACAAACCAGACAUCGAAGUAUCGUGGAUAUAUACUACUGCAUUACUUUUGAUACUUGCUUUUGCGAUACGUAACAAGUGCUCCGCAGAUCGCUUAUAUUAAUUAGGGAGCGCGGCAAUAAUUUACUCGAAGUGACGUAGAACAUUCAUUAGCCCAUAUUAAUUGUGAUGAGGAAUAUAUCGAUGUAUGUACAUCAUAUUUUCUCAUCACAAUCGCAUAGAAAUUAAAAAAGACACAGGUGGAACAUGCUGCUCAACAACGAAUUCUCUAAUCCUUUAAACAAUUGUACGAAUAUAUUGUAUGUAUAUUAAGUAUAUAUGGACUUCCGAAGGUUUUCGUGCAAAAAGCGAUUUAUUUGACGCUUAAUGUCCGAACGAAUGCACGCGAAAUCUGCGAAUCGCAGAAUAUCGCGUGAUUAUUAACAACGAAGACGUAAAGAUAUCGCAAAUUAUUUUACAUCAUAGAUGCAAAGUAAUUACACUGCCUAUAGUAGCCUAAUGAAGAUAAAAUAGCAUGUCAAUAUUCUGAUAAGCAAAAGGAAUAGAAAAGAAGAAACGAACGUUCAUGCAUUCCAUGACUCGUUAUUUUUUUCCAUUUCUUUACAAGUAUUUUCACGCGACUGGCGCUAAGAUUGCACUGUAACGAGAAUUGAAGCAAGUAGUAUAAUUGAAAUUCGACUGAAAAAGAAAGCACUAUACAUACGAGCGAUCGUUGAUCGCAAUGUGUAGUCAACAUUUCGCGUUUAGUGUCUUCUUUUUCUUGCAGAUCGCUAUAGACGAUUUCCGCACAUCUUAAGAAGUGAAUCAAAACAAUGUUUGCGCGAACAUAAUAUUAGUUCCUGAACCGUGAAAAUUAAUUACGCCGAAAAAAAGGGAAAAAAUGAUUUAAAUUUAAAACACAACAUAAAGCAGAAAGAAGAUCUGUUAAGACGUAUAAAUAGAGUUUCUGUACAUGACUAUAUUUCGCGAUAUAUUAUAUCUUGCGAUACAUAAAAAUUGAUCUACGCGUGUGCGCUCGCGCGUUUUUAAUGAUAUAAUUAAGUACUUCAUUAACCUUAAUUGGGAUUACUUUAACAACUUGUUCACGAAGGAACGAUAUCGUCCCCGAAUAUUAUGCUGUCUCCUAAGUAGACUUUACUUUGCGCGAUGAAUUAUCACGUACGCGGUAAUCUUCCUUCCUGUUAAUAGAAACAAUAUAAACUUUCCCUCGAAUACAUUCCCCACGUCCUCGUCCGCGAAGAUGAUGUAUAAGCACCACCGACAAUAACAUUAUGUAUAAUGACAAUAAUAUAAUACGCUACGACCCUUUCCCUUUACGGUAUCCGUAACCCGUUAGAUUACUGAGAAUCGCGCUCUGAGUGAUAUCUUAAGAUAGAUCUUAAGAUAGUUUAAGAUGAACGAGAGAGAGGGAGAGAAAGAGAGAGAGAGCGAGAGAAAGAGAGAUCAAUUAUAGGUGUAAUAGGUGUAAUUGUUCGUAAUAGUUGUUCGUAAAAUAUGUGCCUUCUAUAUACACAUAUAUGUAUAUAGAAUACGAGACAAAAGAUUAUACAUUAGCGUAUUCUUUAGGAGGAGCGAAACGCUUCCCCUGAAACUCGCGUUUUGAUGAGAGGAAGACUGCCGACAUGUGCAACGUCGUUAUAGCGAUUAAUAUGAAAGAGAAUGACAGAGAAUAAAAGAAAUUCCUGCCAACA